AUGUCCCGGGCCCGGGCUGCUGAGCUCAGGUGCCUCGUCCCCAACACCGUCCAACUGACAUCCGUUUUUUGCCUUUGGCCAAAAAUCGCACUCUUUCUGCGGAGGUACCGCCUCACCUUCCUCGAAGUGCCGGCUGAAGUGCCGGCAGCAGAGAACCUUCGGGCGCGUUCAGUCAGUUGCCCAGCGGUCUUGAGCAAGCACGUGAAGGUUGAAGAUGAGACUGCCAGACUGAUGUACACCAACGACUUGGAGCUCCGAGCACAGGAGUAUUUCCAGAAUGUAGCAGAUCGAGGGGCGGCCACAUCUGCUGAAUGA